AUACAUCCAAUCCAUGAUUUUUUUUUUGGUUUGGAAAAAUUUUCCCGAAAAAAAAACAAACAAAAAACUAAAAAAUUUACAUUGAAAUUUUUGAUUGUUUGAAAGUUUGUUUUUCUUAAAACACAGCCUCAAUCACUGUGUGAUCCAUUCGAAUAGGACGUUUCAGAAAAAAAAAUUUUAUUGGCGUUUUCUAUUUUUUUUAUUAUUUACCGUUAUUUUUCAAUGUUUGUCUUAAGAUAAAAAUCGUGACAAUUGCUAACCAUAAAACUCAAAAUACCAUCACAUUUAAAUGGGUUUAUCCAAAUUGAAAACAAAUUCUUUGAUCAUAAUAAUACUCAUUUCAUUUGUUUUAUUACAAAUUUUCUCUUUAAAUGAUCAUAAUGUUAAUAUUGAUGAUGAUGAUGAUGAUGGCCAUAAUGAACAUUCGAAAUUCAAACGAAAAUUUUUACCAAUUCGAAAUGAUCAAAAUAAUCGAUCAAAAAUGAUGAAUUAUUCAAUCAAAAUUGAUGAUAAUAUAACAACAUUAUUGAAUUUGAAAGAUUUUCGAUUUCUAAUCAACGAACCAAAUAUUUGUAAAUCGAUCGAUAAUGAUGAUGAACAAAAUUCUCAUUUAUUUCUAGCCAUAUUUAUUCAUAGUGCAACAAAUAAUUUCGAUAAACGUAAUACAAUAAGAAAAACAUGGGGUAAUCAUUCAUUUUGUUAUGGUAUUGAAAAUUUAAAUAUUCGAUUGGUAUUUAUGUUGGGAAUAACCGAAAACGAAACAAUUCAAAAUCAAAUCGAACAAGAAAGUCAAAUACAUGGUGACAUAAUACAAGGUUCAUUUCUUGAUACAUAUCGUAAUAUAACCUAUAAACAUUUAAUGGGUUUAAAAUGGAUCAAUCAUUUUUGUCCAUAUGCAUCAUAUAUACUCAAAGCUGAUGAUGAUAUAUUUGUUGAUGUUCAUCAAUUAAUUUAUUAUUUACGUGGAAAAUUUGGUGAUCAUCCACAACGUUUAAUGGCCUGUUAUGUUAAUAAACAAAGUCGUGUUGCACGUAGCUAUCGUAGUAAAUGGCGUGUUAGCUAUAAGGAAUAUUCUGAACAUUAUUAUCCAGCAUAUUGUGAUGGUUGGACAAUUAUAAUGUCAAAUGAUAUUACAUUAGAUCUAUAUCGAAUUGCUAAUAAUAGACCAUUAUUUUGGAUCGAUGAUGUAUUUAUAUCCGGUAUAUUAGCAAAUGAUCUACAAAUUGUUCAUUAUGAUUUUAGUAAAUCAAUUAAUUGUUAUCGAAAUGAAAAAGUAAAUAAUUGGCUAACAAAAUCAUCAAUUUCAUUACCACCAAUGUUAGGUUUAGUUGAUGCUAAUCGUUAUAAUGAUCCAAAUUAUAUAAGCGAUACGAUUGUAUCAUUAUGGAAUAAAACUGUUGAAUAUUAUCGAAAUAAUUUAAAUAUUGAUAUAGAAAAUGUAAGAAAAUAAUCUAUUGUUCAUUCCAAAAAAAAAAAA